UUCCUGGUUUGAGUGUCUUCUCCCCGUAAAAUACGUUUUUUUUCCUCUACAUGUCAAACGUCUUCCGGCGUUUUUAUGUGGAGUGAUUUUAAACAAGUUAUACGACUUUACGUCCCUUAAAAAAGCGACAUAUACGUCUUUAAAGAGCAUGUUAGCUCAGGUAGAUAAGACUCAAGUGUGUUGUUGUGGCUGAUGCUGACGGCGGCGGGAGCACAGAGGCAGCAGAUGCAGCAGGAGGUUCCCUCCUCCUUCUCCUCCUUCUCCUCCUCCUCCCCACCACCAUCACCACAACACUGCCUCCUCCCGCUCACACACCUUGCUACUGCUGCCCAAUGUGGAAGUGAGACUUCAGCAGAAGUGGAGGAGAAUCACGAAGUGAGACUUGAAAUCAUCCCCACGAUGAGGUCCAUCGUCGUCUUCUACAUGUGCUACCUGCUGUGUCUGGGCCUGGGCGUGGCCUGCGUGGCGUGCGUGUGUGUGUGGAACAGCCAGUGGCGCGGCGGCUUCGCCUGGGACGGCUCCGCCCUGCAGUUCAACUGGCACCCGGUCCUGAUGGUCACAGGCCUGGUGGUGGUGUACGGCAUGGGUGCUGUGUUGUACCGCAUCCCUCUGACCUGGGGUGAGAAUAAACUUCCCUGGAAGAUCCUCCACGCCGUGCUGAUGCUCGCCGCCUUGAUCCUGUCAAUCCUUGGACUCUCUGCCGUGUUUGACUUCCACAACGCCAAACGUAUUCCCAACCUCUACUCCCUUCACAGCUGGAUCGGCAUUGCUGCCACCGCGCUUUUCGCCACACAGUGGGUGGUGGGUGUGGCCGGCUUCCUCCUGCCCUGCUCCCCCGUGUCGCUACGCAAACUCCUGAAACCCGCCCACGUGUGGAUGGGUGGAAUCAUAAUGCUGCUCAGCAUCGCUGCCUGCAUCUCUGGAAUCAACGAGAAACUCUUCUUUUCUCUUAAAGGAAACACCAACGGAAGUCUUCCAUACUCGAGUUCCCCACCUGAGGCUUUGUAUGCAAACUCAUUAGGCGUUCUCAUUGUGGCUUUUGGUUUAAUUGUCCUGAAGAUUUUGUCCAACCAGCAGUGGCAGCAUCCAGACUCUCGGCAGCAGAGUACGGUGUACACGCCACUGCUUCAUGAAGAAAAUUAAUGAAUGAGUGAAUGAAUGAAGGAAAUUACAGAUUACACAAGCCUGAGAUAAUGCGAGAAUGAUUUAAGUCUGUAAAUAUUUAUUUGGAAUUAUAUUUAAUAUUGUUUUGUUUGCCCCAACAAAGUAAAAUAAAAAUCUAUACUUUGAAGAAGAA